CCAGCUGUUUAAACAAGUAAACAACAGCUGGUUAGCGCUUCCCAGUGCUAACACACAUGCUAACACGGCUCCGGGGACGUUUAUUUACUUUAGCCGGCGAAGUAGCGCAACGUAAGGAGAGUAGGUAACCGAGAACAAAGCUGUGUGUCGGUUCUGGAAUCACCGUGAACCUCCUCAAAACAAAGCGCCUCUUCCUCCUCCUCCGGUGCAUGUUGACUCAGGACCGAGGGACAAGAGAGAAGUUUCAGUCUCAAUGAAGGAGAGUGAGAUGAAGCACAAACGCAUCCAGAGGCACAGAGGAGCCAGCUGGCGAGGAAAGGCCGUCGCCACUGGUGACACAACGAGUCUGAGCCAAGCUAAGCCACCGUCACACCUGUCCUCUUCUGCUCGAAACAAGCCUUUUGCCGGGAAAGUGUUUUACCUGGACCUGCCGUCAAACCGAGCAGCAGAGACACUUGAGAAGGACAUUAAACAGCUGGGAGGGAUUGUUGAGAAGUUCUUCAGUAAGGAAAUCAAAUACCUGGUAUCCAACAAGAGGGAGGCCCGAUAUGUGCAGUGCCUCAGGCAGGACUCUCCUGUCCCAAGCCCGGACUCCGGACCAAGUUCACCUCACCCUGGCUCAAACCCGCACCGACCUGGCAGCCACGGGAACAACAUGAAGAGCAGGUCACAGGGUCAAACAGACGCAUUGGUCACAAGUCGAGGUAAAUCUUUAGUGGAGAGAGUGGUGAAAGAGCAGCAGAAAAUACAGAUGCACAAGAUCCUGUCAAAUGCUCUGGAUUGGGGUGUGAAAAUCCUCUACAUAGAUGAUGUAAUGGUGUAUGUAAAGAAGAGAAAAAAGAUUGUCAGUAGCCAGUGUCCUGCGACCUCUGCUGCCAAAACAAAUGUGAAAGCUGGAUCAGCAUCAAAGCAAGGCUUUCAGAAAUGCAGAGGUGGACGAAUCGGUAAACCUUUUGUCAAGGUUGAGGAUUCAAGCAGACACUACCGUCCAAUCUACCUCACAAUGUCUACCAUGCCUGAGUUCAACCUGAAGACUCUCCCUCCUUGUAGUCCCUUCAGUGUCGAGGACAAGAAUCUACCUGGCAACAAACAGGAAGGACAAAGAGGAGCGAAAGCGUCAGCCAGUGAGGACAGAGCUAACGGCCGAAAGAAGAACAGGAAACGAGGCGGCUACUGCGAGUGCUGUAUGGUCAAAUACGAAAACCUCACAAUGCAUCUACAGAGUGUCCGUCAUAAGGCUUUCUCCAAAAGUGAUGAGUACUUGGUUGUGGACAGACAGGUUUCAACACUGCCCUGCAACUUCAUCCACGUCAAUACUAAAGUUAAAAGACCAAAGUGCAGUGUUUCCUCUGUUCUGGUUGCUCCUGGACCUUGUGGGAAAACUGAGCUAAGGCACACGGGAGAUGUCUUUACUGCAGAGACUGUUAAAGAGGAGCGGCAACAGACUGAAGUGGAAUCUUAUUCAGGACACGCUCUAAAAAUCAGAUCAGUUCCUGAUUCUGCUCGUCUGAUUCACAGGGAGAGGGACGGGAGGAACUGUCGCACUUACUCGGAGAGAUCCAAGGCCAAGUCUCUCGCACUUAAACGUGUGUGCAGACAGAAUUCUUUGACUUCUUGCCCAGACAAAGCUGCGCAAACUCGCAUUCCUCAGCCCAAGAGGGAUACGGUCUCCUCUGCAGGGGAACGCCUUGAAACUUGUCCCUCCAGAGUUCCUCAGGUCGACUCAGUGGACCUCAUAUCUCACAGAGACAAGAACAGCAUGUCCUCAUGCUCCCAUGACAUUGAUGUACAGAAUUAUACCUCAAAAAGCCUCAAUGUUGUGGCAAAUCAACAAGAGCAGUCUGAUACCAACACGGAUGUGUUACAGUUUGAAGCUGUGCAGGAUGGAAGCAUAUUUCCUGACAAAAUGACUGAAAACUACUUAGCAGAAAACCCAGAGGGACAGCUUCCUCCACAAAGUGUCUCUCCAGCCUGGAAAAUACAGAGAAAAGUCAGAGCUUAUAAACGCAGAAGACGAAAAGUUGAUUUCAACAUUGAACACAUAAAGCCAAGCGAAUCUCCUGACAGCUCAGUGCUGAAGCUGUGGGAGCUCUUCCAGUCAAGUGAUGACAUGGACGUGGAGUUUCGUGGAUUUGAGGACUAAGAGCAAAUUAUCUGAUGGACUAUUAUUGUCUUUUCCAAAUAAACCAAUGUCAUAGACUAGAAAACCAGCUGUAACAUUUUGUUUACAUCAUAGUAUAAGAAAAGUUUUUUCCCCUUGAAUUAUCAUUUUGCACAUGUUAAUUACAUGUAUUUUUACAUUUGU